GUACAAAAUUGUUCUGUUUUGUUCAAUGGUCAAUAAAAUAUAGAUAUAGAUAUGAUUAUUUAUGGUGAUAAAUUUUAAUAAUUAAAAUUCUGUCAAAUGGAAAAAGAAGUUAUUUUCAAAAGACAAAACACCCAUCUUUCCAAUUCAGAUGUGGAGAACGAGUGUAAUGAGACAGUGGACUACCAUCAACCAGCGGCAAAAAAAGUGAAACAUGCAAUGGAGCCAAACAGAGUUGAUUUUGAUAGUGGAAGAUCCUGUGAAGACAACAGAAUAAUACAGAAGAUGGUUGAUAAUUUAGACAAUAUAUUCAGUGAUGAUGACGACGCUUUCGGUCUAGAAUUGGGUUUUCCCGAAAAUUCAACACUAUAUACACUCGAUCUGAGCACUUGGAAAAGAUGCAAAAUCGUAUCCAUAAUGAAUCAAAACCAAGCAUUUGUCAUGGUUGUGGAAGAAAAAAACAAUGAAUUGAAAGCAAAAUGUGUCGUACAUCCACCGUGGGCUACAUUGCAAUUCCAGGAAGGAGAUACCAUUUCAUUGUACGGGGUAUACGAUAGUAUUACCAAUUCGUACCAGAUUACCAGUGAAGAUGGUAUGGUUGUCACAGAUCCGGAUUAUUUAGUAUCUGGAACUUCCGUUGUGGGGGCACUUUAUUGCCAGCGUCGAGGAGUGCUGCAAGAAAGAUUCCGUAGCAUAGACUUGGACAGCAAAAUAAUGACUAUUGGAACAAUAGUUCACGAAUUGCUACAAAAGACGUUAAGGAAUAAGCUUACUAAUAUUGAAGACAUAGUUCAGUUAGGCAAGGAAUACAUCAACUCAAAGGAAAUGGUCAACAUGCUUUACGCAUGUCAAAUGAGCAAAUCGGAGGCUGCUAAGGAAAUUGAACCAUUCUAUACUAAAAUUCACGAUUUCUUGAAAAAACACGUUUAUAAUCAGUCCUCUAGCUUCAAAUCAGAAAUACACAUUCACGCAAUAAAAGAUAUUGAAGAGAAUAUUUGGUGCCAUCAGUUAGGAUUGAAAGGAAAGAUCGACGUAACAGUAGAAGCUAAAUGUGACAAUAGUGAACAAGUUCAAUUGAUGCCAUUGGAGUUGAAAACUGGCCGGGCCAGCUUCUCCGCCGAGCACAAAGGACAGAUUGCUCUGUAUGAGAUGAUGAUGAACGUUGUCGGCUAUCGCGUAAAAAACGGCAUUCUCUUGUAUCUUCGUGAAGGAAAAUGUCAACUUGUCUCAAGCAAUCGUAACAUUAGACGUGAUUUAAUAAUGCUUCGAAAUGAGGUGGCUUACUACCUCUCAAGAGGGCUCUCAAAAAUUAAUCAUGAUGAUUCGGGUAUUUCUAACAAUGUAUUGUUGCUACCAGACCCAUUAAACAAUCAACACGUUUGUUCCCGCUGUCCUUACAGUGUCAUUUGCACUGCCUUUCUAAAACAUGAGAAAAAAGAAAUCUCAGGACAGCAUUCUAUCAAGUUGAUCUCUGCGGAUUCUUUGAAACAUUUGACUGAUGUACACAUUGAUUACUUCAUCCGUUGGGUUGGUCUAAUUUUUCUUGAAGAUCAACAAGCUAAGCGAAAUUUUCAAGCAAAACAUUUGUGGACAAAAAGUCCUACGAUUAGACACAAAUCAGGUCGAGCUGCAAUAAAUCUGAGACUUGUCGGAAGAGUUUUUAGAGCAGGUGACGAAUGCUUCCACACUUUCGCUGUAGAUUCUAAUGAAACUGGUGCGAGAAACGAUCCUCAGAUGCAUGCAGUCGAAAAUCUUUCACAAUACUUUGAAGUAAACGAAUAUUUAAUAUGUAGUACUGAUACAAGAGUGGCUGUCGCUGCUGGACGCGUAGUUGGAGUAGGAAGAAGAGAAAUUACCAUGUCUUUCGAACGAGAUCUGAGUGAGAACUAUUUGCAUGAGUUUUUCCAUUUGGACAAGUACGAAUCACAUACAUCGACAAUAUUCAAUUUGACUAACGUUGGAGUACUUUUGGAACACACAGAACGGUCUGAAGCCUUACGACGAAUUAUAAUUGAUCGCGAAAGUCCAACCUUCACACGAACUGUUCCUGUGGAAGUCGCUUCGCUGGCAAAACAGAUUCUGAAAGAUUUGAACAAGCAUCAAAAGAUUGCUGUUUUGACAGCUAUUGGCACUGAAAGUUUUUGUCUUUUUAAAGGCCUCCCAGGAACGGGGAAAACGAAAACGGUUAUCGCACUUAUUCGUCUACUGGUAGCCAUGGAUAAAACUGUCCUUGUUACCAGUAACACACAUUCCGCUGUUGACAAUGUGUUAAAACGGUUGAUACCGCACAAUAUCAAAUUUUUACGACUAGGCUCAAUCUCAAGAAUAGAUUCAAGUUUGAAAGAAUGUGCAGAAGAAAUAUUGACAGAAAAUUGUUCAACAACCGAAGAACUCACCGCUGUCUACAAUUCAUAUAAAGUAGUAGGAGUUACUUGUCUUGGAUCAGCGCAUCCUUUGUUGGUUCAAAAACGUUUCGAUUUCUGCAUUGUUGACGAAGCGACGCAAGUAUUUCAGUGCGCUAUAUUAAGACCAUUGCUAUCGUCCGAUAAAUUUAUUCUAAUAGGAGAUCCCGAUCAACUACCUCCAGUUAUAAUUUCACGGGAAGCCAAGGAUCUUGGAGCCGAAGAAAGUCUAUUUUUUAGAUUAGAUACCGAGCAGUCAUGUUGCGUUUUGCCAACUCAAUAUCGCAUGAACAAAACUAUCACCCGACUUGCCAACGAUUUUUCUUACAAGGGAAAGCUACUAUGUGCGAACGAAACGGUGGCCAAUGCCGCGUUGAAGCUUCCGAAUGUUCAAAUCAUGCAGAAAAAGCAUAAACUAGAAAAGUGGCUUCUGAGAGCUACCGCUUCCCAACUGGAGUUAUCGGUUGUACUGAUAAACACGUUGAACACUUUUAAAAGUAGUAAAGCAUAUGACACAGGAAAAAGAAAAGAAUACUGCUACAAAGCGAAUGCCGAAGUAAUGCAAAAAGCGAUUUAUGAAAAUUAUUGUGAAGCUGCCAUUACUCUUUAUAUUAUAAUGGCAUUGAUCGAAUCCGGUCUUGAGGGCAGUUCAAUCGGUGUUAUUGCUCCUUAUAGAGCCCAAGUAGAGCUAUUGCGUUACUACCUUCAGUUACUAAGAAAGUUAUAUGAAAAUGAAAACGAAACUCUUAGCAGGAAUUUAGAUAUUGAAGUGAAUACUGUUGAUCAGUACCAAGGCAAAGAUAAGGAUGUCAUACUGUAUUCUUGUACAAGGUCGAGUAACCCCGAUAUGCCUAAUCAAACGGAUACUACUACUAGCGAUUAUGAAAUUUUACAAGAUAACAGACGAUUAACAGUGGCGAUAACUCGUGCUAAGAAAAAACUGAUCAUCAUAGGUGAUGCGCAAAGUCUUGAAGCGUAUGCUCCAUUUAAGAAUCUUUUUCAGAGCAUUUCUCCAGCGGGAAAAAUAACGCUACAGGAUAGAUCUUUUGGAUUUGAGUGGAGUGGCGUAUUCAACACCCUUGAUGCUCUUCAUGAUUGUGAAAAAUAAUCAAAUAUUGUUUCGAAGCAUAA